GUUUGUUGGUGGUGCGCGCACACACAUCCCCCCCAAUAUCGUCGUCGUGCCUGGCACUACCAUUGUUGUUGUGCGUGAAAGCGACCGAGAGGAGCAUUCGUUGAAGGACUGCGACAAGCUACCUGUAGCCCUGUCGCUUGCUUGCUUCAGCUUUGCUUCAGCUUUGCCUUGCUAACGGAUACGCCACCUCCCCUGUGCCCUGCCACACAUACCAUCCCAGACACAGAGCACACUGCCAGAACCAACCACGAGCGGCCACUUGCACGGUCAUUCACAGGCACAGCGGCAUAAACAACAACAACAACAACAGCUGCAGCCAUCAUGUCGAUGCGUGAGCGUCGCCAGAUGCGGCGUGCGUCCGCCAUCACCGACGAGGAAGAAGCCACCCCGAGUGACAGCAGCAACGACAACCAUCCCGCGGCGGACGAAGACACCACUGCACCACAAGAACAACAACAACAUGCACAUCAACAACAACCACAAACGCAAGAACACCACGCAGAUGAACAGGCGGAAGACCGCAGUGACCAGCCCCAUAUCGUAGCCGCCGACAAGGAAGACGACAACACUGACCAACUUGGUCCUGACGCCGUUCCCCUGGAGAACCCUCACGCCAUCGGCACCAGUGGCUCCAUCGACGAGGAUGCCUCUCCCGUCACCAUGGUCACAUUCGAAGCGCCGCCCACAACAGAUGACGAUGACGACGGCGACGACGAUGAUGGUGGUAAGGACCAGCGGCAGCUGCGUGUGUCGCAGUCGCUUCCGAUCGCGUCCUCGGACGGUCACAGUGACAGCGACACACACUCCAUCGCCAGUGUUGACAGCAUCAUCCACAGCGCCAGCGACGCAGAGGCCGAACUGACGCCGAGUGGCCGCCGCGUGUCCAAAAUGCUCCAAUCCGCUUGGAAAUACCGCAAAGCCCGCACAUCGCAAUCACCAUUUGAGCAGAAGGUUGCGCGCCACGCGCUGGAGAAGGCGACCAAGGCCUUUAAACUCAACCGCACCGUUGACGAUCUGACACCUGAGUCUGUGUCGCGCAAGUGGAACGACCAAGUCAACAGCCUGCUCGCCAAUGAGAAGCUGACUGUGCGCACGUUUUUCCAGCGCUUUGAUCGCGACGGGGACGGCCUCCUCACAACGAAAGAAGUCAUGCGCGCCAUCAAGGACUCAAAACACAUCCACAUGACAACAGACGAGAUCAAGCUGCUGGUGAAGACGUGGGACAACGACAACAGCGGCACUGUCGACUACAAGGAGUUUACGGCUGGCCUGAAGUACGAGUACCGGAAGAUGAAGCCGAAUCAGGUCCGCCGCCUCAAGCGCGGCGCCACCCUCCCAAACAACCCAUCGUACGCCCCGCAGAGCAUCCCCCAGGGCCCGUUCCCGCGGUCCCCGACGCGCAGCGCUACGCCAUCGCGCCCGUCAUCAGCGCAGUCUGCAACCGGCAAACGCCCGGCGCUGGGCAGACAGGCAACCGUGGCUACCGUGCCAUCAUCAUCCUCCCCCUCAUCGUCAUCAUCACCAUCAUCGUCCUCAGCAGCAGCAUCGUCAGCAGGCGGCAACAGGAAGAAAGGCGCGGGUGCGCGGCCAGGAAAUUCGCUCACCUCGCCCACCGUUGCCUGGCUCGCGAAGCACAAGCGCAACAAGAAGAAAAAGGAGGAGAUGGAGGAGAAGCAGCAGCGUGCUCGCCGUAGCCGUGGUCGUGGUCGUGGUGGUCGUGGUCGUGAUCGUGGUGGUCGUGGUCGUGGUCGUGGUGAUCGUGGUGGUCGUGGUAACAAGGCCUCGCUUGCAACACCGCCAGCGAAGACGACCACGGGCGGGAAGGGGAAGAGCAAGGCAGCGCGCACAAACAAGACAGGCGACACAGCCAAGCAGCAGCAGCAGCAGCUGCAGCAGCAGCAGCAGCAGGGGAAACAAGAGGAGUCGACGGUGAGCAAGAAGACGCGCCGAGCAGCGCCAGCAGUGCAGCAGAAGAAGAGUAAGAUGCAACAGGAAAGGAAAGGCAACGUGAACAACGGGGGAGAGGAAGAGGAUGAGGGGCAGAAGUCGCGUGGGGAUGAGACGCAAGCGCCGAUGACAGAGGAGCGGCGUGUUGUGAUGCUCGAACCGGAUGUGGUUGUUGAGGAGAAGGACGUGGUGAUUGAUGUCGACAUUGACACGGCUGUGCCCGUUCAACGGAAGCGCGAUGAGCCCGGUGCCACUGAUGGCGGCGAUAUUGACAACAUGCAAGAGGGAGACGAUGAAGAAGAGGGUGUGACAGCACAACCAACGGCCGCAGCGGAAGAAGUGGAAGAAGUAGUGGUGAAGCCGCCGCCCAUCGUGGAGACGAAGUACAACGUGCGCUUCAACCUCAACCUCGACAUCUCUGCGCUUGUGGAGGAGCUGGUCACGGAGGUGGUGGAGGAGAUGAAGGUCGAUGCCGACGCUGAUGCUGCCACAACCCCAGCGACAACAACACCAAGGAUUGUCGACGAGGCCCAUGAUGGCAACGACGAUGAUAGCCAUGAUAACAAUGAUGACAGCCAUGGUGAUGGUGCGGAAGUUGCGGCGCUGUUGGCAGCGGUGGAGGGCGAUGUGAUCCUCGAACCCGCGCCCGCUGUUGGCGCUGUGGAGGAAACGCAGGUGAUGGUCCCUGGUGACGUUGAUGAUGAUGACGGUGCUGACGGUGCUGAUGAGAAUGGUUUGCAACCAGCCAUGCCUGCUGAUGAUGAAGCCGAUGUCCUGGACGUUGAAAUGCACGACGAUGUGGCGGCGGAGACAGCCUAUCACGACGACAGCACACCAGCAGCGGCCGCGGCUGUACACGACAACGACAACGACCACAACCACAACACCAACACCAGCGCCAACACCGACAGCGAUGGUAAUGAUGCCAACGGCACAGCACACACGCCGUCAUCGCGCCCGCAGUCUCGCACGGGGUGGCAGGACCUGUCCAUGUCGAUACACGACGAUGCGUGGGAGGUUGAGCUUGCCAACUCGCUCAUCAAGAAACAGGAGGCCGCAGCCGCCAUGCGCGCAGCGCAACGCGAGCGGCUGUUGUUGGCGCAGCUGGAUGAGGAGGAGGAGCUGAGACGCGCACAGCUGCGCAACAACGAUGAUGGCGAUGAGACCGAUGGUGAUGGUGGCUCUGAGGAUGGCCUGACACUGGCGGACGAGCUCGUGUUUGUGGACUUUGCAUCCACCAUGCCUGUGGAAGCGCCAUCCAGUGCACCGGAGUCUCCAGCCGUUUCGCGUCCGCUUUCCAUGCAUGCAAGCACGCAAGAGGAGCAAGAGGAGCAGCAACAUGGUGGGGGCGACCACGCUGCAGCGGUCGGCAAAUCACCGCUGGCUGGAGAUGGCGAUGGCGAUGAGCACAAGGACGACGAACACGAUGGUGUUGAUGAUACGGUCAGCGCGGCUUCAUCUGCCGCCGCUGCUGAUGACGACAACGACUGUGAUGGUGGUGAUGGCGAUGUCGAUGGUGGUGACGAUGAUGAUAGUCUCGCUGCCACUGCUGCCACUGCUGCCACUGCUGCCACUGCUCCUGAGGGCGAUAAUGGUGACGACCACCCUCAGCAGCAGCAUCAGCCCCAACUCCAAUCGCAGGAGAACGAGGAGGAAGAAGAGGCUCAGGCGAGCGUCGCAGUUGUCGAAGGCCACGCUGAAGGUGUGGACGUGCAGCCGACGGCGACGGGUGCCGGCGCGUCCAUCUACCCGGAACACGACGGCAACGACAGCAGCGUUGCCAGCAACGGCGCAGCUGAUGCAGUUGUGGUUGAGAGCGAGGGCGCGUGUGUGAGUCCACGGCGGGUAGCGCCGCUUCUCGCUGCUGACGGCGACACCGUGUCGCCCGCCCGUGCUACCGACGAGAAGAACGAGACAACAGACUCAAGCGUGUUUGAAGUUGAGAGCGCACCCGUCGCCGUGACCACGCCCACAAGCAGAAGUGGCGAUGGUGUCUCCUCUCUCGCACCCGCAUCAUCCCUGGCUGCACCGUCCAUUGCGGCUGCCACCGGCACGACGGCAGCACAGCGCGUUGUUGUGGCGUCGCCUGUUGUUGCCGACACACCGGACCACGCGAGCGACGACGGUGAUAGUGGCGACGGGCAUGUCAUCGUUGACAGGAGCGCGCAACCAGACGUGCCCGCAAUGGAGAGUGAUGAUGAUGAUGAUGAUGAUGAUGCUGACGCUGCUGGUGAUGUCUUUGUUGAUAGCACGGGCGACGACGGCGUGGUAGCCGAGACACGGCCUACCGCAGUGCCGGUCGCAGCGGCUGCUGCCCGCUCGUUCAACACCACGCAGCCCAAGCGCACACCCAUGCGCGAUGCCAGCGAUGCAGUGCUGAAGCCGUCUCCUCGCCACCACAACAGCAGCUGCGUGGAGGCUGUCCAAGACGACGAUGUGACUGCACCAUCAGUACGAACACCAGCACCAGCACCAGCACCAACAACAACAACAACUGCGGCGGCGGCGGCAAGGCGACCGCGAUUCGCGCGCGCAGUGAUUCGCGAUCCCGUGAACAACAGCCGCAUCGCCAGCGCCGCCGCACAGCAGCAGCCACAGCAGCAGCAGCCACAGCAGCAGCGGUCAGCACAGGCCGUGAAGAAGACACCGCAGGUGCUGGUGUCGCGUGAUGAGUGGGCACAGGACAUCUUGGGCCUAUCACCAGAGAGACAUCAUGACACCAGAGCACACGAGCCAGUGCAGCACGCCCGUGCCGCCCCCAUCAGCAAUAACGCAAAUAGCAACCAUAACGGUGACUAUGACUAUUAUGGCACAGGAGCCGACACUCUGUCGUUGAGGCCUCGUGGCGCACCCGCGUUUGUGCCUCAUGCGGCGGCGAUUUCGCCGCUGAGCUCGUCCGUGCCUGCAGGCAACAACUGGACCAUCAACACGACUGGCAACAGCAGUGCUGUGGGCGGCAGCUUCGACGGGAGCAGGAGCCGGUGGAUGUCGUGGGGCGGACCGCGCCAGCCCAUCGCAGGCCAGCACGAACCGCUGUAUGAGAACGACACACUCUCGUCGUCGUCGUCGUAUGUGGUGCAGUCACUGGCGUCGCAGUGGCUCCCGUAUUCUCCCAACACAUCGCACGCUGGCAUUGAGCAGCAGCAGCAGCAGCAGCAGCAGCAAGCAUCCGCUCUCUCGCAUCCACGUGCAAACACACACACGCACGUGACGGGCCGAGCGCGCGGCCCGCAUGCGCACGUUGCGCGUCAGCGAUCAGCACCGGCACACCUCCACCCACGACACACGCACGUGCCAGGCACUACUGCAACGGCCUCUGUACCAGCACCAGCACCCGCACCUGCUGUUGGUCAACAUCACGUAGCGCCCAUGGCUGUGUUGCAGCACUCUGCGUCGCAGCCGCACAUACAACCGCACGUGUCGUUCCAAGCCCCGCACGAGACAACAGCAAGCGUGAGCUACAUCGCGCCAGGCCCCCACGACGGUGUGCCCAAGUACCACUAUCGUAAGGCGCAGUGGAUUGUGCCGCCGCAGCAGCAGCCGCACCCGUCCCUGCUUGGGCCACCACCAGCGCUGCAAGCUUCAACACUGCCAGCCCAUGCUGGUGCUGGUGUUGGUGUCGGUGUUGGUGGUGGUGGUGCUCAUCAGGCCCACCCGCAGCAGUUCCUGUCUGCCGCCGGACGACAACAGCAUCACACAACACGCGCUCGGCAGCAUGCACCGGCUGUUGACACACGCGCACAGCACCAGCAACAACAGCAGCAACAUCGCCACCACCAUCACCCAUCACAGCCACAGGCCCAGCUGCAGCAGCCUGCAAAGCCAAAAGCGACGGCUGCCUCGCUGCUUGUGUCUGAACCUGUGGAGUACCACGCAACGCUGCCGCUGUCACCAUCAAGCAUCGCUCGCCCGAGAGCGAAGCGGCCACAGCCGCAGGCAGCAGCAGGGGCACGCGGGGCAAGUGACGAUGACCAACAAGGCGGGAAGAAGCCAAUCGCGUUGCUGUUUUGACCGUGGUUGAGUGUGGUUGAGUGAGAAGUGUGUGUGUGUGUGUUGGUGUUGGUGUUGGUUGGUUUGAGAGGGAUUGUAUGCGAUAGUGAAGGAUAACGCAUGCGUUGAUCACCGAUUCCAGACUGCGCCCGUCUGUCUGUCUGGAGCGUUGCUUCGUCUUGUCCGACCUGACUGACCUUUCUUCUUUGUAUUUGGGCUUCUCCUUUUGCUUCUCAGUGGGCUCUCAUGCAUACAUGGAGUGAUGUGGUUGUUGUUGUUGGUGGUGUUUGUUGUUGUCGUCUCAGUUGUUGUUGUGUCUUCACAGCAUCAACCGUUCUUGCUGGCCUGUUUGCGCGUGUGCGCGCUUGCUUGAUGAUCUUAUUGCACGAUGGUCACGUGUGGUGCACGUGAACACAAUACAGACAACGUCCGAAUGCCUUUGCAGACGUGACGAGAUGAGGA